UUGACACAUUGCCCCCUGUCAUAUGACUGCUGCUUAUUUCCUGGUCCGACGCCGCUGUCCUGAAGCAGUUGUCAGCUCUUUCCACAGUAGAUCACUUGAAAUCGACGCCCAGCCAUGUCCCCAUAUGCUGCAUUUGUCUUAUUCCUUCUUAUCGGCCUCGCUGAUCCCUCUUCCCUCAAGUAUGAUCCUGACAUGGAUGACGCCAUUAGCACUUUGCUCACCACUACCGUAGCUCCAACAACGAUUACCACGACCACGGCGUCAACAACCACGGCGUCAACAACCACGGCGUCAACAACCACGGCGUCAACAACCACGGCGUCAACAACCACCACAACAACCACGGCGUCAACAACCACGGCGUCAACAACUACGGCGUCAACAACUACCACAACCACCACUGAGGCGCCAAAAACCACGACUAGUUCUCCAAACACGACUUCUUCUGCCCCAAAUACCACUUCUACUGCGCCUACUACCACCACCCCUGCACCAACUCUCCCUACUCCCACCUCCAAUCUUUAUCGAGUCAAAAAUGACAAUGUCACCUGUCUGAUGGUCAAGUUUGGUCUUCGUUUUGGUUAUCAAGGAGUUAAAUAUGAGGAGAUGAAUUUUGAGCUCACGAAUCAAACUAUUGUCAAUGGGUCUUGUGGGGUGAACAGCAGUGAACUGUUGAUACAAGCUGACACACUGACCCUCAAGUUUACCUUCAAAAAUGACACAAAGAAGUUCAGCCUCCAUGCGCUAAAUGCCACUGGAAAGACGAGCUCUGGUGUGCCAUUCACAGAAGCCAACAGCAACUUGACCCUCUGGCAAGCAACUCUUGGCAACUCCUACAUGUGCAACAAGGAGCAGAAUUAUACUAUCACCAAACAGCUGACAAUCUUCACCUUUGAACUCCAAGUGCAGCCAUUUGGAGUCAGAAAGGAUUCUUUUAGUACGGCCCAGGAGUGUUCUUUGGAUGACACCAGCAUCUUAAUCCCAAUCGUUGUUGGCGCAGCCCUGGCUGGCUUGAUUCUCAUUGUAGUGAUUGCAUAUGUGAUUGGCCGAAGAAAAACUUAUGUCGGAUAUCAGACUCUUUAAUUCCAAUUGUAAUAGGUCAGUUUCAGGGUUUCCAAGCAUGGUCCUUAUGCUUUCAAAAGUUAAUAAUGCAUUAUCAAUGAAACCAAACAAAAAAAAAAAGCUUUUGUUGGAAAAUGUGUCAAAUCAAAAACAAGAACAGCACAUUGUUUGAAUAUGAAUGGUCUUGGAUUAUUAUAAAUUAGCCCUAUAUUUGCUUCACAAGGACCAAUCUUGUCUACCCAGUGUUAGUCCUCAUUUCUGUCUUUUUUUUUUUUCCGUGAAUAAUAAGGCGUGUUUAAACUAUCAAAUUGGUAUGCCCAGUAUACUUCAACACUUCCAAGAUCAUACACUUUCUCACAAUUAAUCAUUCCCCCUUGUUUUAUGUUAAAAGCUUAAAACCUCUCAACAAGCAACAUUCUCAAAAGCCCAUUUCACUUCUGUGUUAUUAGAAAAUGUUAACUAGUGAUGGCCUAUUUCAUAUGGUAAGAGGGAAAUGGUCUAAUGUUUUCUCCUGCUGAGCAGGUGUAAACAUGGCAUUAGUACAGCUUUGUUGUAUACAUGGGAAAUUUAGUAAUUACCCUUGUGUUAAAAAGUGCAUAAGGUGGAAUUAAAUAGAGGACACCAAGAAAUUGAAUUUACCUGACACUGUUGUGCCCCAUCAAAAUUAUAAGUCAAAUGUCGGUUAAAAAAGGUUUCUCACUCUUGCACAAGCUGAUGCAUUCAGGUCAGCUGUUUUAUUUGCUAUCUUAGUACUUUUGGCAUUCUAGGUAUUGAAAAAGGGAUUGCUUAUUGUGUGGAUUAUCACUUUUCAUCUUAUUUGAGAAGUAAUUCUGUUGCACUAAGUCUGUUUAUUGUAGUAAAUAUAUGCCAUUGUGUUUUUGUGAGGGAGGUCCACUUUAUGCUCUAAAUUCUGUAGCUUCACUUCAACGGGCUUUCAAAGACUAAGCCUAAAUAUUGGAAUGUUCGAUGAGAAAAAUAUACUAUGGUUGAGAAAUGAGAACAAAAAUAUCUUAAUAUUUCCUGAAAUAUAAUAUCUGGUAAUUUGGCGAGCAAUUUGUUGAAGAGUUCAGAAAAAUCAGGGUGAAGUGCAGCCUCCAAAGAACAGUUUUUUCUUAAGAUAGUAAGACAAUGCACCACGACAGCUGCUGUGUACUGUCAGCCCUAGAGCUCGGAGUUUGGAGCUGGGCACACAUGUAUUUGUGAACAAAUGGAAUUGUAUGCCUUUUUAAUGUUGCGUAACAUAUUGAGUGGAGCCUGUUGUGUGUAUAGUUACUCUCUGAAAAGAAGAUUUUGCUGUAUGCUGACUUUGCCUUAAUUUCACUUGGUGGUUUUGCAGCACUAAGACUUGUAACCAGUAAACCAAGCCAUCAUACAUUUAAUUUGUUGUCUCUAUUAGAUCGUACAUAUUUCUGAUAUUGAAAUGUGUUGAAACUGUCUUUUUUUUUUUUUUUUUUUUUUUUUUUUUUUUUUUGCUUUUUGCUUUUUGUUUGUUUGUUUGUUUUUGUUAAUUUGGAAAAAAACAAAACAUAAUAACAAUAAUAAAUGUAAAGGGAACUGUGCAGCAAGACCUUCUUGAUGAAUAUCAGCACAGCUGAUUUAAUCUCCAAUCUUAAUACAAUAAACUGGAUUGAAAAUGGUGAA